ACGUCGGCCCAUACUCCUCCCGGGCAACGCUGACACCCGAACUUGACAUUCAGCCGGGCACUCGCUCUCGCAUUUGCAAUUGCACCGGCGCACAGGCAGGCAGCAUUACAACGCAACCAUCAACAGAUAAAUUCCGCCAAUCAAACAUGACGACCCUGCUGCAGAACGUGAACGAGGAGGUGUUCCGGACGUACGUCUUCUGGACGGCGGUGCUGGUGGUGAAGAUGCUGGCCAUGUCCGUACUGACUGGCCGCCAGCGCUUCCGCAAGAAGGUGUUCGCCAAUCCGGAAGACAUCCAGCCCAGCAAGAAGGGCGCCCAGCCCAAGUUCGACGAUCCGGACGUGGAGCGUGUGCGCCGGGCCCAUCGUAACGAUCUGGAGAACAUUCUGCCGUUCUUUGCCAUCGGGCUGCUGUACAUGCUGACCAACCCGGAGCCGUUCAUCGCGAUCAACCUGUUCCGGGCGGUCGCCAUCGCCCGCAUCGUGCACACGCUCGUGUACGCGGUGGUCGUGAUUCCCCAGCCGGCCCGUGGCCUCUCGUGGGCGAUCGCCUACUUUGCCACCGCGUACAUGGCGGUCAAGACGGCCCUGUUUUUCCUGUAAGACCGUGCGGCACAAGCACAGAAAGCGCUACGAGGGCGUCCAGUAACGCGACGGGAGAAAUAAAUUGUGUGCGAUGGCUGCCUUUGGCGGGGGUGGCAGAUGAGCAUUCCAGCCCGUCGCAUCAUGUUUUACAAAC